GCAUUAAUAUCGACAAAUAUGGUUGACAAGUUGGCAAAAGUCACAUCUGCUGCAGCAAACUUUCAUCUACCAUGACUUAAUCAUUCCCCUUCUUAUUAAAAUCACUAAAUUGCCAGAUAAUGUCCUGUCAGCUGAACAUUGUGGCCAAAUUUCAGGACAUUUCGUCGAUCAGAAAUUAUCUUUUUCCCAAUUUGAUUGAUGUCACUCCCAGCUCCGAAUCUUCAGCAGCUACAGAGGGAGGAUGGGAUGAGUUAGAAUGGGGCUGGAAAGUGGAUGAUGAGGAGUCUGUUGAAGCCCAAGAUUCCCGGAAUGAGGAAGCCAAAUCCUGGCUGCAGAAGUGCAUCCUCUCUGUCUCGCCAACUUUAGACCACAUAGCCCUUGCUGUGGAGGAUAGAAUUGUCAUUUUAAAUCAAAAAUGGGAUGCACAUGCGAGAGGAGAGAAUCAGAUGAAAUUCUCCAUUUCUAUGCAAGGCUCUCUGAAGCAGGAUGAUAAGGGUGUGAUAACAUCUGUGAUGUGUCUUCCAUUAUAUUCCCAGAAAAGAAGCUCCCAAGGCGGACCUGACUGGACGUGCAUCAUUGUCGGAUUCUCAACUGGUUAUGUCCGAAUGUAUACCGAGAGUGGUGCUCUAUUGAUUUCACAACUACUCCAUGAGGAACCUGUCCUUAAAGUCAAAUGCAAAACCUAUGCACCCCCUCGAUACAUGGGCGACUCGGAAACUCUUGAAGACCUUACCAUACUUUACCCGAAAGCGUUAGUUUGCAUCGAUGGAUUCAGUUUCUUCCAAACCAUUCGAGCCUGUCGGAAUCAGGUGGCAAAAGCCGCUGCAAGUGGAGGGGAGACCAUACAGCCACCUCCUUUGGCCUACAAGAAAUGGGGUCUUCAACACCAAGAUUUCAUCACAGAUCAUGUUAGUGCAGGUGUCUUGACCCCGAUGACCUUUGACCAGAUGCAGACAGCAUCAAUGCUUGGUGGUUUCUCUGCCACAAUCAAGGCUACACCACCUGCUGCCUCACUCUACCUCACGGCAGGCCUUGGACCGUAUGUAGGAUUCUUUUAUGCAGUUGAGGGCAAUGCACAACCACUACUCUCGGAUGUAGCUAUGGCCGUGGCAAAUAAGUUAAAAACAGCUAUCUUCUCAGCAGCCAGCAGCUGGUUUGGGACUGGCGCACGGAACGCAGGAGAUGAGGAGAAAAAGAAGAAGCCCAAAGUUGAACCAUCUACACCACUUUCAGUCAGGUUUGGCCUCCCUGAUCAAAGAAGACAGUCUGAUUCUCUAUCCCUUUCUCCCAAUGAGAAGCUGGUUGCAACCACAGAUAGCUUUGGACGGGUUAUCCUUAUUGAUGUGGAGAUGGGGACAGCGGUGAGGAUGUGGAAGGGUUAUCGAGAUGCGCAGGUUGGCUGGGUAGAAGUCAAGGAAGAGUUACACAGCCGUGAGGAGAAGUCCAAGCACCGCUACGGUGCCCGCCUCGUGCUCUUCUUGGUCAUUUACGCCCCGAAGCGAGGCCUCUUGGAAGUCUGGACGGCGCAGCAGGGGAUGAGGGUAGCUGCGUUUAACGUCAGCAAGUGGUGUCAGUUGAUAUGCCCUGGAUACGGUAUGAUGGGCCUGAAUAACGUCACGUGCAAGGAGGUGAAAGCACAGAUAUUCCAGGUGUGUCUGGUGGGACCGGACGGAGCUGUGAAAACCAUUGAUGUGCCAUUCCAUUUAGCAUUAAGUGAUAAGAACAGCAAGCGGGCACGAGAUCUUCACUUGAUCAAGAAGUUGAAAGCAGGCCUGAGGGAGACCUAUGAGGAAGGCCAAGCUCUGUUUGGGAUUUCUAAUCCUGGCCUCCUUGAAACUGAUGUGAUAGGUACGUUGUCUGAAAUCAAGACGCCCGCCAUCAAAAUGCAGGCUGUGGAGCGGGUGUUGAGUACGAGGUAUCUUUCCAGCAAGUUCAUGGAGAACGUUCUGGAGAGUGUGAUGGCUGGAGCCAAAACUGAAGGUGCUGAGUCAACAGAGGAGAGCCAGGACAUGGAGACAAAACGUUUCCUGCAAUACUGCCGAGCGGAGAAGCAGCUGAUUGAUAUGUAUGAAGCGAUCAUAAAGCUGAAUACGCAGGACACGAUGAUGGCAGUAUUGGAGACGCCCGAGCAGGUUCUGACCAGUGGUCUGUCAAUGGGCCAGACAGAGGCACAGGCAUUCCUCUACCAAGUUGACACGUAUAGAGACACUUAUGGUUUAGGUGUUGACAAACGGCGGGUGCAUUUCGGUGAAAAUGGGCCAAUGAAUCUGUCUGCCUUCCUUGGGUGCUUUGAUUGCCACACUCACAGAUCAGAGGGUGACGCCUCAUCUACUGUUGGUGCUACUGUGACUGUCAAGUCCACUCUUUCAGACGAAAAAUGUUCUACUUUAGCGUCCUUUAUCUUCCAAAAGAGUAUAUCUGGAACAAGCCUUAUAGACGAUCUAAUGACGUUAUUACAAGUCAGUGGUCUGCCCCCGGAUGAAUUGCUCUCCCUUCUUCUCCAUAUCUGGUUGUCCGGUGACCGCACUGAUAUCAAUCUCCUUACAAAUCUCAGAAAACUCUUGAUGACUAUCAGCACUAUGAAAGAUGUGUCUGAGGUGGUGGUUGAUCACAGUGAGCUGUCACCGUGGUGGGAACUGACGCGCCGCUACUUGAUCCAGUCCACCAACAUCAUGGCUGCCUUGACUGCUGCUCUGGUUGGUCGGAGUGUAGCACUAGAAAUGCCAAACACACAAGUGCAGCUACUGUCCAAAGACAAGGACAGCCAAUCGCUCAAAUCGAUGGAAUCGAGUGCAAGUUCUAAAGUGGACCUGUCUGACUGGGAAUCUGUGACGAUUGACGUUGAACAGUGGAGUAUCCUAAUCAGGCAGCUCGAGGACGCACUCGCUCUGAUAUGUCUGCUGCAGGCGGCUCCAGUCAAGCCCAAGAUUGAUGAUGCCACGCCGACUCCCAGCUCUGAACCGCUGACAGUGUCGAUUCAUUCUAUCCUUGAAGGAGGCCGAGGAGUAUUCCCCGAGCUCGUCUCCAAGUGGGCCAUGCGGAGUGGUGUCCGACCCACGGUUCUGUUUGAAGAACCUCAACGUCAGACAAGCUUUACCAGUGAAGAGGAGAGUAUGGAGGUGGGAGAGGAGGCUUCAGGGUCAGCGGAACAGGAGAACGAAAUAUCUGUGAAAGGUUUAAUCAAAACCCUUCGGCUGCGACUCCCGAAGAGUUUAGAGCAAGAUAUCCUGAUGGCCAACUGUUCAUGGGAGUAUAUCGCUGAAUGGAACCGAGAUCCAGAAGUUGUAGACAAUUUUGCAAAUUCUGUUGAGUUCCUCAAGUUUAUUGAAAAUUCUGUGUUAAAACAUGGGAUCUGCAGCAUGAUGUGGCACACGUUUGUGAUGAAGCGGAUGGCAUCAGCAGCAACUCUCAUGGAGAAAGUGGGCAAGGCACCAAAAGACAGGCUUUGUCGUCGGGAUGUGGGAAUGAGUGAUGUGAGUCUGGUAAAGUUCCUUGCUCUUGUCUGUGACUUCUUGGAAGCAUUUAUGGAGGCCAACUGUGAUGCCGACUCUGAAGAUAUCCCUGUGUUCAACGUUGAGGACCUUUGGCAGGAGAUCAAGGGUCGGUCAGCCCUCGUGGACCUUGCCGUGGACAAACCCCCGACCAACUACGGCCUCCUGAAGCACCAUUUUGUACUGGUGGUGUUGAUGCAGGCUAUUAUGGAGUUCUCCAUAAAGUCAGUCAAAGUGCUCUCAUUGUUUGAUACAAAGGGGCAGAACUGUUUCUUUAAAGAGUUCCACUCUCACCCGCUGCUGCCAAACCACAACCUCGACAUUGCCAUUCUAAGCCAGCGCAGACAGUUCCUCACCAAGAUCAUCUCACAGGCCGUGCAGGCGUUGGCUGACACCUUCGGGGUCUCGGAGAAAGGCACGCCCGAACCGUUGGCAUGUGUUCAGUACACAAAGUGGAAUCCACUCGUCAUCAAGAUCGCUGAGGAUUUCUGUGUGGAUAUUGAUUAUCUGAGGAGACAUCAUGUUUGUGAACUUUACUCUCACGGCUUUGACAAGUUGGCAGAAGAGGUGUUACUCACCGUGAAUGACCACGCUGUGAUGGGCUCCCAGCUGAUUCUCCUCGCCGGGCAGAGGCUAGCUCACUUCCUCUACAACUGUGACCCUGAUGACACUGUCGCUCAUCUUGCAAAACUUUCCCCAACACUGUCAACAUGGUUGAAGAGUCUGGAUGCCUACCAACUGAAGUGCCCUAACCCGCCAAUCAAUUACACUGCCACAUUAAUUGGACAAACUGUCAAUCAGCUUCCAGAGGGACACUCGGAGUACAAUCUUGCCAUAUCGCUUGUUGACAUUGUGCAGAAUUUUACGUGAGGGAGGCAUGUUUAGUCAAAUGCUGGAGUACUCUACCCCGAGCCCAUCACACUCGCUUAAACUCAGUGUCCAGUUUCUGACUCGGUCAUUUGAUUUCAGGACAUUUGUCCACCUUAGUUGCAAAACAUUAAAUGUGAUCUAGGUGUUACUGUUCUCAUGCUGUAUUCACAGUAUCAAAGGGUUGUGAUAAUGUGUGAUAGACGUCAAGUAUUUAUUAGUCAGUCACCUGACUUUCCUAACCAUAAUCAUGUAUGAGCGACUUCUUUUGUAUUGGUAUUAUGAAACAGACCUUAUUCUUCAGUAGGCCUAGUUUUUGUAGCUUUUCCAACAAAUGCUAAGCAUAGCAGUGGUCUCUGUUCAGCUUUAGAGUCAAAAUCUUGAGGUUUAGAUGUAGACCUUUCCAAGUUCCUUCUGAUCUUGUUUACACGAGAAGUUAGCGUAUCAUCUCGUGCUAACGCUACAUGAGAGACUGCAUCCUCUGGCACUCUACCAUUAGUUCAGAAGGAGAGUCACCUUGGAGCUGUUGGUUCAUUGUUAGCUUCUAUGAUGUAAAUAUCUUGAAAUAUUUGUAUAUAUUCUUCAUACAUGCUUUGAGUGUAUGUGCUAAAGUAUGAAUAAAUAUGACCUAAAUGAUGAA